AUGGGAUGGCCUGGCUUGAUUGUCCUGUUACUUCUUGCGGCUGUCAGGACGAUCUGGGCCGAUCAAGCACUCUUUGAGUCCGAUAAGGCCUUCGACAAAGGAGAAUAUGGCGAUUUCGUGAAGGAAGACUACAAAUCGGUCGGACUGACCUCCGCGCCCCGACCAAACGUGUUCGAGCGAGUGCCCGGGGCAUGCGAUGGCGACGAUGGACUGAUGGUCAUGGUCACGCUGAGAGGCGGGGCUGUGCCGCAACCAGGACCAUCGAUCCUCGAUGGACAGGGGAGACUCGUCUGGAGCAACACGAAUUACGUUCAACCAUACAAUCUGCAAGUACAGACAUAUCACGGUGAACAAUUCUUGACUCUGUGGGCCGGUAACGACGGUGUCAAGGGGCACGGCGCCGGAUUUUAUUACAUGCUCGAUUCGACAUAUGCCGAACGGUACAGAAUAGCAGCAGGCAACGGCUUGGAGGCAGACCUCCACGAGUUCCACCUCACGCCCAACGACACCGCCCUCAUCACCAUAUACCAGAUCAUUCAGUUCGACCUAACGUCCGUCGAUAAACCUGUCAAUGGAUGGAUCUGGGAUGGAUUGUUCCAGGAAGUGGACAUUGAGACGGGCGAAGUGCUGUUUGAGUGGAGAGCGUCCGACCAUGUUGCUGUGGCUGACUCUUUCUGGGGCCCGGGCACAUUGGGUGUCACGAUGAACGAUGCCUGGGACUUUUUCCACAUCAACAGCGUUGAGAAGGACGAGCGAGGAAACUACCUAAUUUCAUCACGAUGGAUGCACGCUAUUUACUACAUCAGUGGCACUACAGGGGACAUCAUAUGGACACUAGGUGGUCGCGAGGAGAACAACAACUUUCGAGACCUGUCCGAUGGAGCCGCCACACACUUCGCUUCCCAGCACCAUGCCCGCUGGCACGAUGGGUACUCGUCCAUCACGCUUUUCGACAAUUCCAACCCUAAUGGUCCCGGUCACCCAAGCUCGGGUUUGUGGCUCGACCUCGACUUUGAAGAGAUGACGGUCAAGUUGCGAACCCAGUACCUCAGCCCGAUCACUGUCCGAUCUGACUCGCAGGGUUCUAUGCAGACCUUACCGAGCGGCAACGUCCUGGUCGGGUAUGGGAGCACCCCCCAGUACGUCGAAUUCAGCCGCGACGGCGAUGUUCUGUGCGAGACGCACUUAGCUCCUGCGGAUGGUUUCGGCACUGCCUCAGUUCAAUCGUACCGGAUCCAAAAGUUCGCGUGGGUCGGGAAGCCUCAAACGGAGCCGGACAUCGCUCAAAUCAACGGCACUCUCUAUCUCAGCCAGAACGGUGCCACGGAGAUUCGGUACUGGAAGAUCGAAGCCACAGACUCCAAACCAGAGAAAGAGGUCGAUGACAACUCCUCCUCCAGUAAUGUUGAAGCUGAGUUCCACGAAGUCAUGCGCGUGGAAAAGGCUGGGUUCGAGACCGUCAUACCUCUGGUCGGCGUUCAACAGCCAUACAUCCGAGCAACUGCUCUCGACGCAAGUGGCAACUCGCUAGGUCAAACUCGGACAGUCGAUCGAGGCGAAAUAUUGCCAACGGUCUCAGAAACAGCGACCACAGAAACCAAAGGAGCGAAGGAACUUAGACGAGUUCAACGGAGUUUGCUCAUCGCUGCAGUGUCGCUGGUUGGCGCAACAUUACUUUUCGGGAUCGGAUUCGGCGCUUUCGCUGCGUUCUCGUACUUCCGAAAGCACUCGCACUACCAACGAGCUCGAGGAGAACAGGAGAUGGAAGAGGAAAUGAUGUUCGAUGAGUCGAUGUUGUCAGGUCCUGACGAAGUGGACUUGUACCCCGAAGAGGAUGAUGACGACGAUCACGGCGAUCUCGCAAUAAAGCGGGCAUCGACAUCGGGCUCUGAAAUGGCAAUGCUCAAUCCCAGAGCGUCAAAGCAGCUGGAAAGAGACAGACCAAGCAUUUCACCAUAA